AUGCUUAAUGGAAAACAUUUAAGCAAAGUUUUCUUUUUUAAAAUUAGUUUAAUUCUCAAAUUAAUUUGGUUUCUUUAUUUUCCCUAUCCAAAAUGUGAACUAUUUCAAAAUAAAAAACAUAUUAGAUUUCUAACCCAGGGAAAGGUGGAAAAAGACUUCAACAUAAGGCAUGUAAAAAUAGCACUAAAAUCAAAUAAUAUGGAUCUUACAACAUCACAAAAAAAUAUAGACAAAAAACAAAUUGAAUAUAAAGAUAAAGAUAACAUUAAUGAUAAGGAACAAAUAUAUACUUCAUAUAAUAAUUCAGAAUUUACCCCAGUAUAUGUUACACCUACAAAAAAAAAAAACACAAAAAAAAAUUUCAUAACCAUAAAAAAAAUUGAUAUAUAUUUUGAAAAUUUAAUAUAUAGUUUCUUAGAAUCUAUAAGUUAUAUUGAGGAACCUCCUGAUUAUGAAUUAUAUAAUAAUGAAAUAAAUCAAAAAAUGAAAGAAUAUCUAUUUAUUUUUGAACCUGUAGUUCUUGUUUUUAUUUCUGUUUAUUAUUUGGCAGCAGAAGAAUACAUUAUCUCUAUAAUAAUAUCUUUUAUAUGUUCGGUAAUUCUCAUAUAUAUUUUAAUAAAAAUUAGGAAAUAUGAUAAAGCACAUAAUAAUUUUUUUACCGUUUCAAAUAUGUUAAAGGAGUUCAUUCAACUUAUUAAAAAUAUACCUAAAAAUAUAUUAAAUGUGGUAUUGCAUAUACCCAAAAAAUUUAUAAGGAUAAUAAAUUAUUUCAAAACAUAA